CGGCCGUAGCAUCACAGUAAAGAGAGUGACACCCUCGAGCCUCUGAAACCACGUAUAAGAACUGUAAGAGUUGGCUGCUACUUUUUCGCACUUAUUUACACCAUCCUAACAGUAAAAGAACUCCACCAUGGUAUUGUCAGGAAGAUCAUCUAGCUGGCUUAGACUCCUAGCUAUCAGUAUGGUACUCAUUGCUCUAGUGGAUGUCACACUCUCCGCCAGACCCGGAAAUCUACAGUGGCUUUAUGGUCAAAGCGGCAAAAAAAGGUCGAAUGAAAACAGCGUCACAUCGAGUGAAGAAGAUGGGCUUGGAUUAAUUCAGCCACCAACGGAGGGAAAUGAAAUAAGAAUCACGUCAUUCUCGGAUGAGGCUGUCGGAUCAUUGGUUAAAAGAUUGCCACCAUUUUGGAGACAAUUUGUGUUUCAGUUAGUGAAACUGAGCAUGAUGUACCCAGCUUCGGAGGAUAUACUGAUGGCACAAGAAUAAGCGUGGCGACCGGAAGUGACGAAAUAUUAAACCCGCAACGGACCACGGACCUUGAAAACGACAUCGAUCUCGUCACAUUGUUACUUUCUUUCAAUUAGUUUUUUUUCGAUAAUGCUAUUAGAACUAGACUAGACAAAUAGAUUUAAUGAAGUAUACAUAUUUCUUUUUUUCUGUAAGAUACAAUUUUAAAAAAUGAAUUUGAAGCUGACUAUGCACUUGUACAUUUCAUGGAGAGAAAAAUUCCCAUCAUGCUUGUUAGUAGAAUAUACUUAACACUAGUAUAAAC